UUCAUUAACAUAUAUAAGUCUUCAACUUUUGCCAAAUAUACACUAGUUUUAUUUGAUCAAUUGAAAUAAUACCUGUUGAUGAAAGAACUGCACUUCCACCAACUCUUACUAGAUAAAGGAUGUGCAGAACAGCAUACAAAUACUAACCACAUGCAUGUUGAGUCGCUGCUCUGAGAUCAUAUACUGUACAAUGAUAUUGUUCUCAACGACCCUGAACAAGACAGUAAUUUAUCUUAGUCAGAACAUACUUAAAAAUGUUGCUGAUAGACACUGCUUAACAAUAUGGCCACCAGUUACCCAUCCCCAGAAGGAACUAUGCAGCAACAACAAGCUGUUCAGAAUUCCCCAUUGGAGCCUCAAAUGGGGAAUUAUGGGAUGCCACCUCCACCAGUGCCCCCUAUGCCAAGUCAGAGAAUGUCGAAUCAAAGCUUCACAUCAAACAUGACAGGCAAUAAUUUAGGAUCAAAUAACUUAGGAGCAAGUAAUAUGAGCAGUGGUAACAUACAUGAUAUCAGUAUGAGUGGAAACAAUUUAAAUAUGACUGGAGGAAAUAUAAAUAACUCCUUGUUAGGCAAUAAUAUGGGUAAUACGAAUCAGAGCAAUACGAUGGCACUGUUCCGUCAGCAGCUGCAGCAGAGAAGGCAGCAGACUCAACCAUCAGUGUUCCAGUUUGAUGAAAAUGCUGUGGCUAAUAUAACUGCUUUUGGUGAGGAUCCUACAUCGCCAUUUCAGAAACAUUGUAAUAUAGAGCCUACGUCACCUCACCUUCAGUCUCCUCAUCUGUCUCAGCAUGUCGUAUCGUCUCCUCAUCUCACCAUGACGUCACUUGCCCAGUCUCCAUUGGUUCAGAACACUCAAGUACACCAGUCUUCUCAUAUCUCACAAUCGUCUAACAUGCCACAAUCUCCUCAUGUACCACAUUCUCCUCAUGUCCCUCAAUCCCCCCAUGUCCCCCAAUCCCCUCAUGUCACUCAAUCUCCCCAUGUGGCUCAAUCCCCCCAUAUCCCACAGUCUCCACAUUUGGCCCAUUCACCUCAUGUCCCCCAAUCUCCACAUAUGUUCAGACAACAGCAACAGUUCAUGACCCCUGAGCCCCAAUCCCCACACAAUAUUCAACAAUUUCAGAAACAGCAGCAACAACAACUCUCUCAGCAGUCACCUUCUCCUGUUGGCUUCCAAUCCCAGCAGAGCACGUUUAACAUGACUAUCCAGCAGCACAGCACGGAACCGGCUUCACCUGCCUUGAACCAGUUCACUCCAAGCUCACCUGCUGCAAUCCAGUUUCAACAGCAGCAACAACAACAACA